AUGAAAGCAUCUCUUUUGCAGUUCAAACUUCUGCAUAGAAAGUUCCUGGGAGAACCAACACAAUUUAAAAAUAUUCAGAAUCUUCCUAUUGUUCAUCAUUAUGGAUAUGUGUGUGAUCUUCCUCCAGGCCAUAGAUUUCCUAUGAAGAAGUUUCAUAAAGUGUAUGAUUUUUUGUGUUCAAGUGGUAUUGUAACAAAACACUCUCAGGUUAUCAUGCCUAAUAAAAUACAGAAGAGUGUGGCAUCAUUAGUACAUACUGAUGAUUAUCUUGAUAAAUUUUUUAGCGGAAGCACAUCAACUGAGGAACAACGAGUAACUGGUUUCAGUUGGACAUCACACCUUGUUGAUAGAGUGCGAUAUGAAUCGGGUGGUACUCUUUUGACAACUGUGCUUGCCAUGGACCGUGGAUUAGCUUGUAGCACAGCAGGAGGGACACAUCAUGCCUUUCCAGAGCGUGGUACAGGAUAUUGCCUGCUCAAUGACUUAGCCAUAGCUGCUCAGUUUCUCAUCACCACAGGGAAAGCCAGGAGAGUUCUCAUUGUAGAUUUAGAUGUCCAUCAGGGAGAUGGUACUGCUUUUAUAUUCAAAAACCUUGAAACGGUGUUUACAUUUUCAAUGCACUGUGGACGUAAUUUUCCAUUUAGAAAACAGGAGAGUGAUCUGGAUGUGGAGUUAAGAGAAGGAAUUGGAGAUAAGGAAUACAUGAGUUAUCUUACUGAUUAUCUUCCUGAUGUCUUGCAAAACUUUAAUCCUGACAUCGUCAUAUAUGAUGCUGGUGUUGACACGCAUGCAGAAGACAAUUUAGGUAAAUUGAAGAUGACUGAUGAAGGACUGUUUAAACGGGAUCUGUUCGUUCUUACCAACGUAAUCAACAGAGGGAUUCCUUGUGCCACUGUUAUUGGUGGUGGCUAUUGUCAAGAUAUUGAUAAACUUGGAAAAAGACACACCAUUAUUCACCAUGCUGCUCUUAAAGUGUGGAAACAAAAAGGUCUGUAGUUAUGGUUGUAUGAAUAUUAUUAAAAUUUCAGAACAGGUAUAAAAUAUAUUGAUGGCUAAAUUAUAACACGUAUCUAAAAAAUAGUGAUGUUUCAGGAGAGAGAAAUAACAACCCCACUAAAAGCUAAUAGUAUGACAAAUUUUCGCCAGAUUUAUAAAUUUUUAGUUAAGUUCUGUCACAGGUAUCAUUAGAAUUCGGUUGGAGAUCAUCUUACUUUUUAUCUAUCAUUAUGACUGUCUCAAAACAAAAUUUGAGAUCUGUUGUAAUAAUUUAAUCACCGAUAUAGUAUCGCAUUGUUUUUGUUAUUGAAUAGUUCCUAGUAAAGGUUUAAAAUUGUUCUCAAAGUAUGUAUGAAUAUUUGAGUUUCUAGAAGUCGAUACGAAAUAAAAGAAUCAACAUAUGUAUUAAUAUAAUGAAGGACAGAGAGGCAUAGUUUAUCUGAAACUUUAUGUAAAACAAGUAAAUAAGGAGGAAAUGAUCCAAG